CAGAGCGCGCGGGCGGCCGGAGCGCGGCGGGCAGAGCGCCAGGCCGGCCAUGGCCACCACCAGCACCACGGGCUCCACCCUGCUGCAGCCCCUCAGCAACGCCGUGCAGCUGCCCAUCGACCAGGUCAACUUCGUAGUGGGCCAGCUCUUUGCCUUGCUGGCCGCCGUCUGGUUCCGAACGUACCUGCAUUCAAGCAAAACGAGCUCUUUUAUAAGACAUGUCGUUGCUACCCUCUUGGGCCUUUAUCUUGCACUUUUUUGCUUUGGAUGGUAUGCCUUACAUUUUCUUGUCCAAAGUGGAAUUUCCUACUGUAUCAUGAUCAUAAUAGGAGUGGAAACCAUGCACAAAUAUUGUUUUGUGUUUGCUUUGGGAUACCUCAUAGUGUGCCAAAUUACUAGAGUCUAUAUCUUUGAUUAUGGACAAUAUUCCGCUGAUUUUUCAGGCCCGAUGAUGAUAAUCACCCAGAAGAUCACUAGUUUGGCUUGCGAAAUUCAUGACGGGAUGUUUCGAAAGGACGAAGAACUGACUCCGUCGCAGAGAUACUUAGCUGUCAGGCGCAUGCCGAGCCUGCUGGAGUAUUUAAGUUACAACUGCAACUUCAUGGGCAUCCUGGCCGGCCCCCUCUGCUCUUACAAGGACUACAUCACGUUCAUUGAAGGCAGAUCGUACCACGUGGUACAGCUAGGCGAGAACGGCAAAGAAGCACCACACCGAGCCAGGGCAGAGCCGUCUCCCCGCGCGGCAGUUACUCAGAAGCUCUUGGUCUGCGGACUCUCCUUGUUGGUCCACUUGACCGUCUCGAACGCUUUCCCCGUGGAGCACAACAUCGAUGAGCACUUCCAAGCCACAGCCUCGUGGCCGACAAAGGUCAUCUAUCUCUAUGUCUCUCUUCUGGCUGCCAGACCCAAAUACUAUUUUGCAUGGACAUUAGCUGAUGCUAUUAACAAUGCCGCAGGCUUCGGUUUCAGAGGAUAUGAUAAAAAUGGAGAAGCUCGCUGGGACCUCAUUUCCAAUUUGAGGAUCCGGCAGAUAGAGAUGUCAACAAGUUUCAAGAUGUUUCUUGAUAAUUGGAAUAUUCAGACAGCUCUUUGGCUUAAAAGGGUGUGCUACGAGCGAGCCGCCAUGAGCCCCACCAUCCAGACCUUCGUGCUGUCCGCCGUCUGGCACGGCGUGUACCCGGGCUACUACCUGACCUUCCUGACCGGGGUGCUGAUGACGCUGGCGGCACGAGCGGUGAGAAGUAACUUCCGACAUUAUUUCAUCGAACCCCCUCUCCUGAAAUCGCUGUACGACGCUCUCACGUGGGCAGUCACGCAGAUAGCAGUAAGUUACACGGUUGUGCCGUUCGUGCUGCUCUCCGUAAAGCCGUCCUUCGCGUUUUACAGCUCCUGGUAUUACUGCCUUCACGUUGCUGGUAUCUUAGUAUUACUGCUGUUACCAGUGAAAAAAACUCAAAGAGGAAAGAAUACACAUGAAAAUGUGCAGCUGUCACGAUCCAAAAAGCUUGAUGAAGCAGAGAAUUCUUUGGGACAGAAUAGUUUUUCCACAUCAAACAGUGUUUGCAAUCAGAAUCAAGAAGUAGCCUCUAGACAUUCAUCAUUAAACCAAUGACAGGGAAGACACUCAGUGGCUAUUUGUUGUAAGUUAACAGAAACCAAUCUUAGCACCUUCUCAAGGGUUUGGGUUUGCCUGAAAAGAGAGUAAGUUGGGGGGAAAUCAGACAGUUGUCAAUGGGGAAAUUUCCUGUGCACCCAAUUGGAAGUGGAGCGGAAUGAGCCCUCCCAUGCCCUGUCCCCGUGGGCCACGCCUUAUACAAAACAUUCCCAUUAUUUCAAUGGGCUCGGGACCUCAGCCGACGGCCGCAGGGUCAUGUGAGGGCCCUGCUGCUGAAUGUACGUUGUGUACCCAGGGCGCCGAAAAGGUGGAAGAGGAUUGUGGCAUUCUGGGCGACGGAGAGAAAUUAACUUUUCCAAAUGAAUGUCUUGCCUUAAACCCUCUAUUUCCUAAACUGUUGUUCCUAAAUGGUAUUUUCAAGUAUAAUAUUGUGAGAACUCUAUUUCAAUAUUUGAUGUUUUAUGCUAUCAAGGAAUUCUGGGGAAAUUCGAAACAGGAUAUUUAAGAUUGUGGAUAGUUUAAAAAUGCAAUAAACAUCUCAGUAUUUGAAGGGUUUCCUUAAAGUAUCUCAAAUGACUGUAGUGCGUAGUGAACCUGUGAACAGGACAGAUGCCAAGUUACAGGUAGCUUACUUUCCCGGACACUUUAAUUGCCUUGUGUCAGUCAGAGAGCCCUUCAAGGAAGAAUUUCUUAAGCAUAAGUAAGAUUGGUAAUGCGACAUUUCAAGCUCAUUUCCUUACAAAAGAGAGGAAAUGGGGAGGGCGGGCA